AUGAGUGUAAGGCCAAAUGAGAGUCCCCCAUCAUUGUUGAAUUAUGAUCUGGAAUCGGUAUAUAAAAGUGUAUGUGAAGAAUAUAGUUCUGGAUAUACAGUUGUCUUGCAAAAUACACAAAAACUUGAGCCCUAUGAUGAUCUGUUCUACACUACUGUGAUUAUUGGUGGACAGGUUGAGGCAAAAGCAAUGCUUGACACUGGGUCGAUGGCUUGUACCAUGAGCUCCAAGAUUUUAUCACAAUUGCUGAGUAUUGGUGUGUUGUCAAGCCUUUCACUUGCCCCAACAGAUGUUGUUUUGGUCGGAUGUGGAGGCACCAGAACAAAACCCUUAGGAAUGAGUGAGCUGGAGAUGGAUGUGUACGGCUGUCACGUCACGGUUCCGACUUUGGUAGUCGAGGGCCAGGGUGAUGAUCUAAUUCUUGGCAGUAAUCUCUUGAAAUAUUUGCUUCAUCAGCUGAGAAGUUCUUCAGAGUUACUAAUAAGUGUGUCUGAACGUGAGUGUGAUAACACUGAACAAAACAAGCUGCUUGAUCUAUUAGCCAAUGUGGAGAUAUGGAGAAAUGGUACUGUCCCUGAUUUAGUAGGAACAGUAAAGAUCAAAAAGGCAGUGUCACUCGAACCUAUGACUGAAAACUUAGUUUGGGGCAGACUGCACAGUACUCAUGACAUCUCAGCUGGCAGUGCUGUCAUUUUGGAGCCCAGCAGAGUAAAAUCAAGGCCAAGGUCAGUGCUGGUUGGAAAAACGGUAGCUUUGAUACGUAAAGAUGGAUGGGUCCCGCUCAAGGUGAUAAAUCCUUCUGAGAAAGCAAUUACUUUGAAAAGAAAUUCUACACUUGCAGAUGCUUUUCCUUGCAUGGCGUUGCAGGAUUUUGACUGCUCUGAAUUUCCUGAGGAUUGCUCACUUGACCUUGAACAAAAAGUUCAGAGAACUGCUGAUGUAUUAACUGACAGACAGGAUGUGAUGAGUGUAGCAGAUGCUCUAAUCUUACCAACCAAGCCUGAAUCAAACGACUCAUGUGUUGCUGAUGGCUCGACAGUCUUACGUGACUUGGGCUUGGCUGACCUGGAUGUGGAGUCUUGCAAUGUGUCCGCGGACUGCAAAGCAAAACUUGUUCAACUCAUCUCUCAGUACCUUUCUAUCUUUUCCAGACACAAGUUGGACUGUGGAAAGGCUGCUGGUUUUGUUCAUCGCAUUCGCCUGAGUGACGACAAGCCCUUUCGGUUGCCGUAUCGACGUCUUGCUCCAAAUCAGUAUGAAAGGCUUCGUCAAGCUUUGGACGAGAUGGAAGAACGUGAAAUCAUACGAAAAUCUAGUAGCGAGUUUGCAUCACCUCUUGUCCUAGUCUGGAAGAAGUCAGGAGACUUGAGAAUAUGUACAGACUUCCGUUGGAUAAAUGCUCGCACAAUCAAGGAUGCGCAUCCACUUCCCCAUCAAGCAGACGCCCUUGCUGCGUUGGGGGGAAACGCCUAUUUUUCUACCAUGGACCUCACAUCUGGCUACUAUAAUGUGGAAGUUCAUGAAGAUGACCGGAAAUACACAGCAUUUACAUCACCCUUUGGAUUAUAUGAAUAUAAUCGUUUACCUCAGGGCCUGUGUAACAGUCCGGCCACUUUCAUGCGGAUGAUGUUGACGAUAUUUGGGGACCAGAAUUUUGUCAGCCUAUUAUGUUACCUGGAUGACGUCCUGGUGUUUGCACCCACCGAAGAGCUGGCAUUGGAGCGCCUGGAAAUGGUGUUUAAGCGUUUGAAGACUAAUAAUCUCAAGCUUGCUCCAAAGAAGUGUCAUCUCUUGCGAAGUUCUGUAAAAUUUUUGGGCCACAUUAUCAGUGCGGACGGAAUUGCUACCGAUCCAGAAAAAGUCAAAGCCAUUACUUCUGUCACAGAGGAUGACCUAAUGGUUGAGGGUACCAAUGUCCCCAGUCAGCAGAAAAUAAGAUCUUUUCUCGGUAUGGUAGUGUUUUAUCAGCAGUUUAUUGAAGACUGUUCGUCAAUUGCCAAACCAUUGUUCAAUCUUACUUCUGGAAGAAAAGCACCUCGUGGAAAGUGGAAGCGCCGAAUGUGUCCGAGAGAGUUGUCCGCCGCAGACUGGUCUGAGGAAUGUAGUCAAGCAUUUCACAAGUUGAAGCAGGCUUUGCUUGACCAAGUCUUGUUGGCCCAUCCAAAUUUUGAUGAGUCUUUCCUGCUUUCAGUUGAUGCUUCAAGUAACGGACUCGGAGCAGUUUUGUCCCAGCUUCCUGCUGGUGGAACAACAGCUAGGCCUGUUGCUUUCGCAAGCAAGUCACUUACCUAUGCCCAGUCACGAUACCCUGCACAUCGAUUGGAGUUUUUCGCUAUGAAAUGGGCUAUCUGCGACAAAUUCCAUCACUGGCUCAGGGGUCAGAAAUUUACAGUUUGGACAGACAACAACCCAUUAACAUAUAUUCUGUCCAAAGCAAAAUUGGAUGCUUGCGAACAUAGAUGGGUUGCUAAAUUAGCACCAUACCAGUUUGACAUUAAGUAUGUUCCUGGUCCAAAAAACGUAGUUGCUGACGCCCUGAGCCGAGAGCCCUUCGUGCACCCUAGCGUACUCCAUCGUCUCACGAGAGUUCCUUACAGUGAGUUAUUGGCAGGAGCUGCUGAUGUGCGCACAGACCAUGUCCAAGAUGUCUUUCGUUGGUCUACUCACCCCUUUGACAGUACUCCUGAUGCUGAAGGUGUGGCCAUUGCUUGUCAUACGGCUAAAGCUUCCUUACCUGGUACGUUGUCAGUGCAGGAAGUAGAAGCUGUUCUGCACUCAUGUAGGCAUACCGAUUCAAACAUCAGGUCACAUAGCUUGUUGCUGCCUCACCUUCCACAAGCAAUAAUGCCAUCUGAAUCACCUGACGUUGAUGUGAUGUCCCACGACUAUCUCAUGAAUAGGCAACAGGAAAACAGUGUUUUGAGCAGAGUGAUUUGCUUUGUCGAGAGAGGACGGAGACCUAACAGGAGGGAACAAAUGAAUGAACCAGCAGCUGUCUUGAAACUUAUAAAACAUUGGGGAAAGCUGCUAAUGAAGGAUGGCGUGUUGUACAAGGUUUCAAAGGAUAGUGUCACCAAAAAGAAGACCUACCUGUAUGUCGUGCCUGAUGCAGUGAAAGUCAUGGUGUUGAAAGGUGUUCAUGACCAAGCAGGACAUCAAGGUCAGCAGCGGACUCUGUAUCUUGCCCGGCAAAGGUUCUUUUGGCAUGGCCUGGAGAAGGAUGUGAGGGAGUAUGUGAGGUGCUGUCGUCGUUGUGUGAUCAGCAAGACACCAGAACCAGAGGGUCGUGCGCCGUUAGAGAACAUCAUUACGACGGAGCCCCUUGAACUCGUCUGCAUAGACUUUUGGUCGGCAGAGGACUCUGACAACCGAUCUCUGGAUGUACUUGUUGUGACUGACCACUUUACCAAGAUGGCCAAUGCAUUCUUGUGUCCGAAUCAGUCUGCCAAAGCUGUGGCGCAUCAAUUGUGGCAUAACUACUUCUGUGUUUAUGGCUUUCCAGGCCGAAUUCACUCUGAUAGAGGAGCUAACUUCGAAAGUGCCCUGAUUGCUGAACUGUUAAAUGUCGCUGGAGUUCAAAAAUCAAGAACAACUCCCUAUCAUCCGAUGGGAAAUGGAGCAUGUGAGAGGAUGAACAGGACUCUGGGAAAUAUGAUACGUGCGCUGCCAGCAAAGGCCAAGCACAAGUGGCCCCAAGUACUCAAAUCUCUAACUUUUGCUUAUAAUUGCACCAUCCAUGAGACCACAGGAUAUGCUCCUUUCCUGUUGAUGUUUGGGAGGAUUCCGCGGCUGCCUGUGGACCUGGUAUUUGAAACUGUUCUGGACAAUCCGGAUGUUGUGAACUAUGACAACUAUGUCCAAGCUCUUCGGAGAGAUAUGAAGGAGGCAAUGCGCAUUGCACAGGUAUCUUCCUUGAAACAGCUGAAGAGACAUGCUGACUUGUACAACAGGAAGGUCAGGGGUGGACCAAUUGAUGUUGGUGAUCGAGUUUUGCUUGCCAACAAGGGAGCACGUGGGAAACGAAAGCUUGCUGACCGUUGGGAGGAUACGACGUACACUGUUGUUGGACUUAACAAAGACAGUCAUACCUACAGAAUUCAGCACAGUCAUACUGGUGUUGUGAGGACUGUACAUCGUAACCUUAUAAUGCCAGUCAACUUUCUUCCACUUCCUGAUGAUGACUUGGAAGGUGAUACAACCAAAAAUCACCUGAGUGACUCAGAGAGUGUUAAUUCUGUGAUUGCUGGGGUGUCUGAGGAUGCGUCUAAUUACAGGACACGAGAGUGGGUGUCACAGCUGCCUUCUAAUGGCAUGAAUGACGCAGACACAGAUGAGGUGGGAGAAGCUACAGAUGUUCUUGAGUCCAUACAGGCUGUGGAUAUGGCUCAGUCUAAAGAAUUGGAGCAUGAUGUGAUUAACAGCUCUGAAACAACCCAGCUGGGACCUGAGGGUCAAGAUGAUGUUGAGGAUAUGGACAGGAGUGUACCUGAAUCGGCUGCAGAGCAAAUUGAGAUAUCUGCACCUGGUACCUUGAGUGCUGCCAUGCCUAAUUGUGGUCACAUUGCUAAAGCCAAUUCAGUGUCUAAUAUUAGUGUUCGCAACUUUCCUGCUGAAAGUUCACUAGGUCGUAUAAGAUCCAGAGCUGGUAGGCUGUUCAAACCAGUUACGAAGUUUAUUGAAAUAAUGAACCAGCAAAAAGUUCUGGGGUGAACAUGAAUAUACUGCUUGAGUGUUACGUGGUAACUCAUUUUUCUGUAUUCUUUCUAUGACAUACUUCGCUGUAUUAGUUGAUGAGUACGUUACUGUAAUAUUUCCAUUGUUGGGUUUUGAAAGUUUUAAGGAAGUGCAAUGUACUGUAUUACCUCGAGACUAGAAUUAAGUUUUUUUUUUGGAGAUUUUGUGUCCAAAUGUAUGAAAUGUCAUUGUUUAGCUAACAUGUAAUGGGCAUGUUUGUCUAUGAGUGUCUAGGGGAUUGGCCACCCUCUUUUCACUUUAAUUCCUCUGGGAAUAGUGUCUACACUGAAUUCAACUGACAAUUUCAUGAAGUUUUGAACACUUUUUACAUUAUUUUUCUCUUCUAUUUUUUUAUUACUGUAUAUGGUUGUUGGUUUAUGUACCUGAUGUUAUGUGUGGUCAGUGAUAUUCUUGUGUUCAUUUUGGCAUUCUUGUUUUGUGUGGAAGCAAGUGGAAUUCAGUAGGGGGGAGUGUAACAGGUUAAAAAAGGUGCUUUCACUUGCUUUUGGUUAUUAUAUACAUAUGGCCCUUUAAGUAUAAUAGACCUGCACUCUCUGUUCAUUGGCUGGCGGCAUGUUGGAAACUCUUUCCGGUUUAGUCAUUAAUAUUCGCGCCAGUCAAGAGAGUGGUUGUAGUGGGACGUCGUGUAAAAAUGCUGUGAAACUGAUCACCUCAUUUGAAUGUGUUAACAGGUACAUGUUCUACUAUUUUGUUUACUACAUUUUACAAACUGUGUUAUAUACUCACUCUUGAAAAAGGUUUAGUCAUUAAUAUUCGCGCCAGUCAAGAGAGUGGUUGUAGUGGGACGUCGUGUAAAAAUGCUGUGAAACUGAUCACCUCAUUUGAAUGUGUUAACAGAAUUAAACGAUUCCCCCAAGACGCGAAAUGGUGUUGGUUGUCGCAAGUAUUUCACACAACGCAGAUACGAGCCGUAACACUUGCACCCACUGG